AUGUUCCCUCACCAGGGUGGCCAAGGUCAGCUCCCCACGCACUGGCAGCCCCCGACCUCGCAGCAGCCUGCCCACGGCUCCUACCCGCCGCCUCCUCAUAUGAACACAUCUCUCCCUCCUCCCCCGGCACAGGUACCACGAGAUCAUCGCCCGGACAUGGCGGCGCACCAUCACCAGCCUCAGCAACCCUACCGUCUCCCAGGGCCUGGGGAAUGGAAUCAGGCUCCUCCCCAGCCCGACCCAUAUAGGGCCCAACAGCCUCCCCCAGGCUACAUGAACCAGCAUCACCAGCCGCCGGCUCCGCGCCAGCGAACUGCCAUUGCCUGCCGCUACUGCAGAAGACGCAAGAUCCGCUGCUCGGGAUUUGAAGCUACCGACGACGGCCGCUGCUCCAACUGCAUGCGCUUCAACCAGGACUGCAUCUUUACGCCUGUCUCGGCCCAGACACAGGCUUUCGUGCCUGCGCACACGGUUUGGCGCGGCGUGGGACAGCCUCCGCCCAUGUACGGUGCGUACGGGCAGCCACUGCCACCGUCGCAACACGGCGAGGCCUAUGCCCAGCCGCCACGCCAGCAGCAAAGUGCGCCGCCGCCACCGCCCAAUUAUCUGCCCAGUCCCACAGGUCCCCCUCCAGGUCCGUACCAAGCUCAUUCUGCUUAUGGUCCCCCUGCCCCAUAUGAUGACGCGAGCCGUGAUGCGCUGAAUGGCAGAAAGAGGCCCAACCCUGAGCCUCACACGCCAACCCUGCCUCCCCCGAGGCCAGGUUCAGCAGCUUCACAGCCCGCUCAUCGCGGCGCUGGACCGGAAUAUUCAUAUCCAGAACCUCCUAACGCCGCGUCUCCAGCGACCUCGUCUGCCUCUUAUUCUAGCGCUCCGCCUCCGCAUGGUCAGCAGCCGUAUUACGCGCCACAACCUCCCCGGCGCACGUCUCCGCCCAGCGCAUAUCCUUAUGAAGCAGGUCGCGCAUCCUCAUCGCCGCACGCGUCCCAGGCUCCCACGACUCCGGGUGGCACCGCCUACUAUCCGCCUCCGCAAACAAACGGCAGCCUGCAGCCGCUACCUCCUCGAAGUGACGGCACCACCCCUCCGCCCAACUCGCAGCCUGCUAGCCGGCCCGGCAUGCGCAUCAACGACCUUGUCAGUGACAGCGGAAACGGACGUAGCUCGACCGACUCGAAUAUGCUGAACAUGCUUAACCGCCGCCCCAUGUAG